UUUUCCAACGAAAUUAUGGCUGAGCAAAUAGGCGAGAAAAAUUGGUUAACUGUGUAUCCAGCUUAUAUAAACAGUAACAGAUCAAGACAGCGAGGUAGAAUGGUGCCUAAAGAGAAAGGUGUUAGUGAUCCUCGUUGGCAAGAGAUCAAGGAUGUUUUGGAAACAAUUAAAGGAGUCCAGGUUAAGGAAGAACCCAAUAAGGUUUAUCCGCGUGAAUUGGAUAAAGAAUUGAUGCAUUGCAGAGGACGAGUGAGGUACACUUUACCUGGUAAUGAUCCACGUUUCAAAAAAAGAGAUGAUGUAUUGUUUUAUUUGUGCGAAAUGAUACCUAAAUUAAAAUCCAGGACCACUAAAGGAAACACGGCGCAAACACAAAGUACAGAACAAUCUGCGGUGUCGGGCAAGAAAAAGAAGUCUAGAAAAAAUUAAACCUUGUUGUAUUGAAUAUUAGACUUGUUUAAAUUCGUGUUUUCUCUUACUCAUUUGUCUACCACGAUUAUCAAUGAUAACGUUCCCAUGUUUCCAAUAUAUUAAUAAAUAGACUAAAUUAUUUUACUAUUCGAGUGAAAGCACAGUA